AUGUCAUGGAAGGUGACCAAAGAGAAGUUCUCCAAAGAACUGAAAGAGUCCGAUAAAAUAGAGAAAAAGAUUUGGACUCAUUAUGCUUCCUCCACCCUGGUUCCCCACAGCCACCCCAAGCGGUCUCCCCUCUCCACCACCAACUCCUCUUCCUUCCUGGACUCGGAGUUUCGCUAUGCCCUCUCCCCUCCCAUCUACGGCUAA